CUCUCUCUCUCUCUCACCACACACAAACACACUCUCUCUCACACACACACACACACACACACACACACACACACACACACACACACACACACACACACACACUCUCUCUAAACCCAUGAUGUUGGCACAGUAUCCCACCCCAGAGAGCAGUGAUCUUGUGAGCUAUGUGGACGACUACCUGGACUGCGUGGAGUCUCUGCCUCAGGACAUACAGAGAAAUGUCUCACUUCUGAGGGAAAUAGACAACAAAUAUCAAGAGAUCUUAAAGGAGGUGGACGAGGUGUUCGACAAGUAUAAAAAGGAGGCAGAUGGAGCUCAGAGAAAGCGACUCCAGAUGCAGCUGCAGCGAGCCCUCAUCAACAGCCAGGAGCUCGGCGACGAGAAGAUCCACGUGGUCACGCAGAUGAUGGAGGUGGUGGAGAACCGCUCGCGUCAGAUAGAGGCUCACUCUCCCUGCAUAUUGGACCCCAGCGAUUCCGAAAGACUGGCCGAAAAACCUCGCCACGAGUCAGGAAGCAGCGCCGCUAAUGCUGUAUUAGAGCGCUCGUCGUCACGCAGGCCUCGCCGCCAUCGCAACAGCGAGAGCAGGGAUUCGUGUUAUAGCGCCAACGGCGCUAACGGGGUGCUGGAUGACCCCUGCGAAGAACCUGCUGCUCAGCCGCCUCGUGAGAAAAAAUCCAAAUCGGUUAAGAAGAAGAAACGCUCGAAAGCCAAGUCUGAACGUGACGUUUCUCCCACCAUGGAGUUCAGCAUCGACCCCAAUGAGCCCACCUACUGCCUGUGUGAGCAGGUUUCCUACGGAGAGAUGAUCGGCUGUGAUAAUGAGCAGUGCCCCAUCGAGUGGUUCCACUUCUCCUGCGUUGGACUUACAUACAAACCCAAAGGGAAGUGGUAUUGUCCCAAGUGCCGAGGAGACAGCGAAAAGACCAUGGAGAAAAGCACAGAGAGGGCGAAGAAGGACCGCCGCUCCAGGUAGUGACUCAGAGACCAGUCGUGUGCACGGAAGAACAAGACGUCAAGUCUGAGCCACACAUAUGGAACUUUCCAGACUGUUCCAGACUGUCCGUGCUCCACGGACUCACGCUGAUCUUCCUCACUCACUCCACACAGCAACACCUCGUGCUUCCAGCUUCACUUGGUGUGUUUACUGAGUAACACCUCUGCUGAUCGGCUCAGAUCAGGCUCCAUGGCAGCAUGCUGUUACUCAGAGGAAAUUAAGUCAAAAUCGUCUUAACGCAGUGAUCGUGAACGGUCGUGUUCCAUUUCAGACAGCGACACUCGUUACUCCCCCUCAGCACACGUCCUGGGUUGGUUCUCGUCCUGAGAGCUGUGCAGUUCUGCUAACACGAGACACCGUCCCAGAAUGCACUGCGGUCUGACGCCAUUUCCAGUUAAAGCAUACACAAAGUAUUUUAACACCAACAUCUGCGCUUUUAUCUUCAGCUUGCUGAACACCUCACAGCGUAGCGAUUAACACGCGUGUGUUACAAAACACACAACAGCGAAAUGAAACCAUCCUUCAUUCAAAAUAACAGCGAUCUGAGGAGCGAGCGCUGGAACACAGAGACUCACAAAACUGCCAUCAGUGCUCCUAAAAUGUACACAAAAGACUUUUUCACACUUGAUUUUUUCAUUUGCGUCGCGAAAGCGGCGACAUGCACAGGAUCAGACCUCCGUCACGUCCCAGUCUUUCUGUUCAUUUCAUUUAGCAUCAAGAUGGAGAAUAUGUCUUCCAGUGGGACAGAACGGUUCUGUGUUUCUGUUGCUUUGUCGAGUUGUUUUUUUUUGUAUGUUUUUUUUUUUUUUUUUUUUUUGAUUCUAGGAUUUUUGUUUUUUUUUUUAAACUAAAAGUAAGUUUUGUGUAUUUAAAU